AUGUUCCUUUCAGACGACCAACAGCAAAUCGCAAGUCUUGGUUUGGAGACAAACGGCAGCGGGAGUCACACAGAUGGCCACCACCAGUUGACGUUGACUUCUGGGCCCUCCAUUCCUCCACACCCUCUCCGGAUCAAACCCUUGGGCAACAAGUUCUUUGACAAUAGCAACGAUGCUCGCGAGUCCUUGGGCUCCUUACAAGUGCUGCCCGAUGAGAUGUUAAUGCAACUUCUCGAGUAUUUUGACAAACGCAGCCUGAGGCUCUUUGGGUAUACCUGCAAGUUUCUCUUCGCCCAUUGCAUGUCAGACGAUGUCUGGAAAUACAUUUUCCUCGAGUCGGAACUCGGAAAACAGUCUUCCUUUACAUGGCUUGGCUCAUGGAGGGCAACUGUCCUGGGCCUGACUUUAGAGCGACGGAUCCAAGUGGACUGUAGCAACGUCUUCUCCGACGUCCUCCAUCGCCCGUUUGUUUGCAGCCACAUAGCACUUCAUGACCACACCGCAAACAUCCCAGCAAAGAACCAAAUUGACCGCUUCGAAGAUCUGUCAUACGCAGAAUUUGCAGAUAAAUGGAGCAGUAAGCCAUUUAUUCUCACAAAACACAUCCAGUCAUGGCCGGCUUAUCAGUCCUGGAACCUUGGCAGCCUCCUGGACCGCUACUCGAAUGUCAACUUUCGAGCUGAGGCUGUGGACUGGUCAUUUGCAACCUACUAUCGGUAUAUGCUGGACAGCCAGGAUGAAAGCCCCCUCUACCUAUUUGAUCGGAAAUUCGCCGAGAAGAUGGAUAUUGAGGUGAGCAAGGGGGGCGGUGCGGCAUACUGGAAGCCCGACUGCUUUGGUCCUGACUUAUUCGAGCUCCUCGGCACAGCACGGCCGGCACACCGAUGGCUCAUUAUUGGACCCGCUCGGAGCGGCUCUACUUUCCAUAAGGACCCCAAUGCGACAAGUGCCUGGAACGCUGUGAUCCAGGGCGCAAAAUACUGGAUCAUGUUUCCCCCAACAACUGCGGUGCCCGGAGUGUACGUCUCCAAGGACAACAGUGAGGUCACCAGCCCCCUUAGCAUCGCCGAAUGGCUUCUCGAAUUCCAAGCAGAAGCCCGGAAGCUGCCAGACUGCAGAGAGGGCAUUUGCAAUGCAGGCGAAAUCCUCCACGUCCCAAGUGGAUGGUGGCAUCUGGUAGUCAAUCUCGAGGCCGGAAUCGCCCUGACUCAAAACUUUGUACCGAAAUCUCACCUCCCAGACGUCUUGUCCUUUUUGAAAGACAGGCCAGACCAGGUGUCUGGCUUCAAGAAGGAGGUAACCGAACCGUACAGCAUAUUUGUGGCUGGGCUGAGAGAGAAGUAUCCGGACCUGUUGGAGGAAGCCCUCGGAAAGCUGGCAGAGAAACAAGUGCACAAAAAAAGAAGAUGGGACUUCGCAGCUGGCGAUGAUGGGGCCGAGGAACAGCCACAGAAGAAGAGCGCCGGGUUCAGCUUCGGGUUCGGGUUUGGAGACGACGGCUAG